ACGACAUGCGAGACAAGUUAUGUUUGGCAAUAUUCAGCAGGAAGAUGACCUUUUAACUUUAAGAAUUUAUUUGUUUCGUCUUUAGUUUUCCACAGCAUGCAAAGUAUUCACAAAUUAUAGGAAAUCGCUUGAUAUUUGAGCCUUGAAAAGGAGGAGAGUGGUACUAAAAUUCCAGCAUCGUGGCAAGUUAGAACAAUGCCAGUCGCUCAGGACCGUUUAGAACAAUUGCAAGUUUUAAAGCUACUUCAGUCUGUUCGAAUCGAGGAUGUAGACCAGAUUGAAAAAUUAACAACUCAUGGGGUUCCUUAUUUGAUCAACUACUCUGAACCUGAAAAUGGAGAGACAGGGCUGCACCUGGCAGCAUGUAAGAACAAUGAGAAGAUGAUUUCUUUCCUUCUUAAUCUUGGUGCAAGCCCCAACAUGGUAGACUUGAAAGGACGUACUCCUGCCAUGAGGGCAGCAGAGUUUGGCCACACACAGGCCUUGACACUCUUAGCAGAGGCAGAUACAGAUUUGACAUUGAGGGAUAGUGAAGGAAAAGGCAUCUUGUUUUAUUGUAUCCAGCCAACCAAACGUCAUCUAGAGUGUCUUCAGAUUGCACUGAAACAUGGUGCAAGUGUUAAUUCUGUGAGCAAGGAUGGUCAACCUUUAUUGUAUGUGGCUGCAGAGACUGGUCUGGACAACAUGGUAGCAGCACUUCUUAUUGCUGGUGCAGACCCCAAUAGAGCUCAUGCAAAUACUGGUCAGACAGCUUUGCAUGCAGCAAGUGCCACUGGAAGUGUUGCUUGUGUCAGAGAAAUCUUGGAGGCUGGAGCAGACUGUGAUGCUUUGGACAGUGAAAACAAUCACUCAGCACACAGGGCUGCCUUAAAUGGUCAUUUUGAAGUCAUAAGGGUGCUGGCAGCCUAUGGUGCAGAUCUGGGCAAAGUAGCUUUAGAUGGCAAUACCCCUCUCCAUUAUGCUGGUCAACAAGGAUUUGGACCAAUAUGCAAGUUCUUAUCUCAAAGAGGUUGUCCAUCAAUGUUGAAAAACAAGGAAGGGAAGACACCAAGAUUACUGGCAAAGGACAAUGAGCACAAAGAUGCCCUGAAAGAAUGUCGUAAAGCUGAAAAACAGUCUGCGAAGCUCUCUAAGGGAGGAAGUAGAACUGCUGAACCAUAUGCCAUUAGACUUUAUGACUGGAUCCAAGAACACGAACAAAAAGUGUUGAACAUCUGUUAUCAGUUUGAUCCAGAGGAAGAGGAUGGAAGUAGAAAAGGAAAAAUGACUAAGGAUAACUUUGUAAUGUGUCUGCAGACAAUAAAUUGCCCAGUAGAUGUAGAAGAUUUGAAUAAAUUAGCACAGAUACAUGACCCAAACAAAGAGGAUGCUGUAGAUUAUCCGCUGUUUAUAACUUGUAAAAAAUUUAUCAGUAAGAACUAUUUCCAGUCAGCUUUUAAUAAAAAGAAAAAAAAAGGUGGAAAGAAAGGAAAGAAGAAGAAGGGCAAAACAAAAAUACCCAUUCCAAUUUGUACAGCACCUGACGGCCCCCGGACGAAACAUGGUGGCCCUCCCUCAGACUAUGUAGAGAGAUAUGUGCACUUCACAGACAACACAAGAUUUGAUCGUGAUAAUCCACCAUCGCAUCCCAUUCAAGAUGAUUCUGCCUGGUACCUUAACUUCCCAGAUGUUUCUUACAUGAACAUCAGUGACGCUGCUAAAGUAGGAGAUCUAGAGACGUUAAAAUCAGCUUUUGCCCGAGGAGUCUCCGUGGACCAACGCGAUAAAUACUAUAAGACUCCGCUGAUGGCAGCUUGUGCUCAUGGAAACAUCAAAGUAGCAGCAUACUUACUACAGAUUGGGGCAGACAUCAAUGCUCGAGAUAAUUUCAAAUGGACUCCUUUACACCAUGCCUGCCACUCAGGACAAGUGGACCUGGUGAAGUUUCUGCUGGAAAACGGAGCUGAAAUGGACGCGCAGACCAUUAAUGGAGGAACACCUUUGAUGAGAGCUAUUGAGAGCUCCAGAGAGGCUGUCGUCGAACUGCUUAUUUCUAAAGGUGCGAAAGUUCAGCUGGAAAAUAAGAAGGGACAUACGGCGCUUGACGUCGCCAAAGCAUACGCUGAUCCUCGUGUGGUAGCUAUUGUACAGAAACGAUGGGACGAAAUCCCGCCACCCGUGGACAAGAAGAAACGUGGAGGAAGCCCGCGCAAGAAAGGCACAAAGUCUGCGGCCCCUUCAAAGACGCACAUGCCCAGUGUGAAAAACACCCCGGACAAGAAACAAGAAGAGCCUCCAUCUACAGCGCCAUCGACUGGUGCUUCUUUAGUGCGGAAAUCGUCAGUGUUGCGAGCAGCCUCGGCAUUAGGAAUCAUCAACGAGAAACCUCAACCAAUCUUGUACACUCCACGGAGAGCUUGGAUAACGCAGCCAACCACCGAUGAUCUUCUACACGAAAGAGAAGUUCGUCGGUUGCGUUUUUCUACGGAUGUUGACUUCGCAGAUUACAAGCCUGCAUUUCAGAAACACAUCACCUUGAAGGCCGAGGCAAUGGAGGCGGAAGAUGACUAGUAACAUCUUUCACUCUUCUUUCAGGCCAGUCCCUCGUAAAAAGUGCUUUGCUCGUAAGUUAUCAACCAUAAGGGGACUGUGGUUCUUACUCCUUGACAACAGCAAUCAAACGUCUGCGCAUGUGCCAGCGUUGCAACGACCAAUUGGCACUUUGGUGAUGUGCUUUCAGGCUGCCAGUACUAAGUUGUCCCACACGAGUUACAAACAACCACACACAAGCCAGUAACUCACGAUGUUUUAGAACCGUAUUACUUUUUUGGUAAAGCUCAAAACAGAAUGAAAAAUCGACACGAUGCCCGUAAUUGAAUAAGCUUUGUGUUCAAAUAGUCUCUAGUUUUCCUUUUUUUACCUGCUUUUGUUUCCUUUGAUCCCUUCGUGCAUGCUCUUCGCGCAUUGCCCUUUGCGCACUGCCCUUCGCGCGUGCCUCACGUUUGACCGAUGUGUUCUCCUUGACGGUCUUCAAUGAAGAACCUAGUGCGUCACGCGAAUUGUGUUGCGUGACGAUCCGCUUGUUCCACAAAAUUACCAAAAUUCUAAAUUUUGGCUCAGUUUUGAAUGAAAGAAAACGAAAAUUUUUUUGAUAAAUUUUGUCAGUUGCUGGUCAACGUUUAUUUUUUAGACAAUGCACGAGGGAGUUAAUUCAAUGGCCGAAAGAUUUCUUUGAACAUUUUUAUUUUUUCCUUUCCUAAAACAAGUUAUAGUGAUCAGCUUUUCAUUUCAUUGAUAAGUUUAAUUUUAUAGCCUCAUCUCACCGGCCACAGAAUGUUGAAAACUCGACACUUUUAGAGAUAUAACGUUAAAAUUAAUGAAUGGACCUAAUUAGUGAGGGCGUUUAUAGUCUGUCAUUGGGAUAAAAUUUUAGGUUCCAUUAAAUGUUUAUUGAAAAUCACGUUAAAUAUGAAUGAUUAUAUGUUGGUUACUGAAAUUUUGAUAUUCAGUUUAUAUGUAGGCUUUAUUAUUUCCUUCGGAACUUUUCAGGAAAACAAAUUGAAUUGUCAGUUUUCACCGAGGUACCUACAUGUAAAAAGAUAUUAGAUAUUUAACAAAAUUAAAUGCAUAUAUAUAUAUCUACAAAUAAAUGUAAUUUAAGGAGUCAGAGUUAAAUUUCCAACAAUUUUUUGUUUUAAGCCGAGGAUUUCCAACUUGAGAGAGGAAUUUCACCGAUUUGUUUUUAGACUAGGACAUUCUCAUGACAGAAUAAGAACGUUUUUAAGCAUAAAAAAUAUGAGAAGAAAUAAAAAGACAGGCAUGGAUUUAUUCGAUUAAGCACCUAUCCAACUGCACCAAGUAGUGUACAAGUACCAUGCGAUAUUGCACAGUUGGUUAUUUUGUACUGUAUAAAGAAACUUCUUUGACUACGCUUCUCUAUCUGCCAGCAAAACUUGUAUGAUAUGUAUUCUUCAACUGUUGAAACCACUGUUCAUAGGUAUCAUGACUUGAUCACGUAACUAUUAUCUUAUUUCAAUUAUUCAAAGCAAUUUAUUUUUUAAUUGUGUUACUUUUUUAUCAGAUUUUUAAAAUACAAGAAGUAUUCACGUUUAA